AUGUCACAAGAGGUUUUUAUUAAGAGUGGGGGUCCCAGCAUAAUUCCCUCUUUACACAGUGCCUUACCCACGGGGGUCAUCAGUGUCGGGGUCCCAGCUCUCUCUGUCCACGAGGCAGCCCCGCCUUACAGCUGGGGACCCCGAGACCUACGUGAUGACGUGCGCUGCCCCAGGGGCUUCUGGGAGAAGCGGCUGUUUGGGGGGAGUAUAAUCAUGACAAUAAGGCUCAGCACUGAAUUGAAUUUGUCCUUAGGUCCAUCAGUCCGAUCUUUUCUUGUGGAAAGGUUUUGGGCAUUAUACACCCCCCUUUGCUUAGAUGGUGGCAAGGACAACCACGGCAGGUGGUCACUGACCUUCAGCGGGUAA